CCGCAGACGGAGGGGAUUGCCGAGAGUGGAAAGGAGGGCCCGCAGGCGUCUUCUUCUUCUUCUUCUCCUUUGGGAGGAAGUUGCGGGAGUUGAGACUUGGGAGGUUGGGGGAGCUCCAAAACCAAAAAAAACCCACGGCCCACGGCUACCUUCGACUUCGAUCGCGCAAACCCCUGCCCGCACCGUCCCCCGCCGCCGCAAUCCGGUCGCGGUCGCCGCCCGCCCGCUCCCCAGAGGUGACAUGUGGAAGACUCAGCCCGGAGGAACAUCCAGAGAUGGAAGGGGUGGAGGCAGUACGGCCAGGGCAAACGCAGGCACCGGGUACCCAACCCGUUCGCGUACUUCUGGAAAUCCACAAUUCUCUGCACCCACAAACGGCGCGAACCAGAGGGCUAUGGCCUCUCUCCGCUCUCCUCUGCGUGGAGGGCCAGACAUGCCGACCUCCAGGAGAUGUUCCCCAAGGCUUUCCGGCACACAACAAGACGAAGUAGCCGAGGUAGCACGCGUCGGAAUGUUAAAAAGGGCUAGUAACAAUGCUUCAAAUUCUUCAACAUCAAGAGCUCCCACCAGAUCUUCUAGCACCACCACCGCUAGUUCUAAGGAUGUUGCAGAAGAGCAUAGCAGCGGGGUUGGAAGCACUAGCAGUUUAUCAAAGAAGCGGAAAAGAAUGACCGCAAAAUCCUACAGAUCACUUUUCAAGCGAUCCAAAAAAGCAAGCUCCACAGUUGUUGUUGCUUCUGACAGAGCGGGCAAGGAAAAUACUUCCAAUGGGAAUGUGGCAGAGAGCAACACUGGUAUGUUAUGUGAAUUUGGCGGAUUGAUUGGAAAAGACAAGAAGCACUCAAACGAUACUAAAGUUUCCAGAAGUUCUAUUUCUGGUUUACAUGAAACUUCUCAACCAAGAGUUGGCAAAUCUGCCGGACCGCUUUCGGAGGUACAUCAACAUAUAUCUAUCGAAACAUGCCCACAAAACAAAGUUGCUGAGAGUAGACUUGAAGUUGAAGGUAGAGAUCGGCCUACUGGGCAUUCAAGGCAAAAUUCUAUAUCGUCAUUGCAAAGUGCCCCAAUCCCUCCUAUUCAUUACGAGGAGCCCGAGAGUGGACAUGGAGAUGGUGAACCCCUUAGCAUUCAAAAAGAAGUAGCUUCAAGUCAGUUCAAGGUGACCGCAUCUGAUGAAAUGGAGGGCAAUUCCAACAUAUGCGUUGCUUGUGGUACCCCAGGAGAUCUUAAGUCCUGUGAUGGAGAAGGCUGCAAAAGAAGCUACCAUGUUUCUUGUCUGGAUCAUUGGCUGGAAUAUUUGUCUCCUGGUAUGUGGUUCUGUACUGUCUGUACGGAAAAGAGGUUGCUGUUUGGAAUACACUCUGUUGCUGAUGGAAUUGAGUCUCUGUGGAAUGUCAAGGAGGGAAUGCAGAAUGGCAAGCAGUACCUUGUGAAGUAUAAGAAUCUGGCACAUGUCCAUAAUCGCUGGGUUCCGGAAGGUGUUAUCAAUGACACCCCUGGAGGUUGUGAUCUUCUGUCCUUGUUUAAUAAGAGGGAUCAUAAAGAAAAGACAAAUUGGAAGAAGGAAUGGACUGAGCCACACCACCUGUUGAGGAAAAGGCCACUUAUGCCCCCAAAAGAAGCUGAUGAUUUUUUUUGUUCAAGUCGUGCUAACAUUGAGCAUUGUAAUGUUGAAUGGUUAGUGAAAUGGAGGGAUCUUGGCUAUGAACAUGCAACAUGGGAACUGGAAACUGCAUGCUUUUUGCGUACUCCUCAGGCUGAUGAACUUAAAAGGAAGUAUGAGAACCGCCGUAAAGCUGCUAAGCAAUCAUCUAUUCCCGUAGAAACAAAGGUUAAGCAUAAGACAUUUCAGAAACUCCAGAGAUUACCAGACGAGUGGCCUCCUGGUUUUGACAACGAUCAUUUGUUUUCUAUCAAUCAACUUCUUGAGUUCUGGUGCAAAUCUCAUGGUGCUGUCCUUGUUGAUGAUAAGGAAUACGUAACAAAAACCAUCUUGUUCACGUUGACUGUAUUACCUGAUGUCUGCCAACCUUUACUGAUCGUCACGACUCCUGCUUCUCUUUCUGCAUGGGAGAUUCAGUUCAAUCACUUGGCACCAUUUAUCAAUGUUGUUGUGUAUGAUGGGCAGAAAGAUACUCUCAAAUUAAUUCAAGACCUGGAGUUCUAUGACAACAGACGCUGCAUGAUGUUACAAGUUCUCUUAUCCCAUCCUGAUGCUAUCCUAGAGGAUAUUGAAACUAUAGAGCGCAUUCGCUGGGAAGCUGUUAUAGUUGAUUAUUAUGAAAACUCUGCAUUCAAAUAUUUUGAACAACUCAAGAAAAUUUCUACUGAUUUUAGAAUGGUGCUUUUGGGCUCCCCAAUCAAGGAUAAUGUUCCUGAGUACAUGAACCUGCUAGCUUUUCUUAAUUCAGAAGAUAAAGGUUAUAGUGACUAUGUCAAUGCUGAUGAUGCGCUUGUGAUGUCAAAAGCAAGAUUCACACAUCAUAUUGCAUAUGAGCGUAAAACAGAUUCUUCAAAAUUUUUGGAGUACUGGGUUCCAUCUUGCAUUUCACAACCGCAGUUAGAGAUGUACUGUUCCAUAUUGCUUUCAAAGUCAUCCGUCCUCCGGUCAGAGAUGGAAACUGAUAGCGUUGGAGCUCUUCAUGAUAUUUAUCUGUCUCUCAAAAAGUGCUGCGAUCACCCUUACAUCGUUAAUGAAUUUCUGCGAAGCUCACUUAGCAACAAUAGCAAUGUAACUGAAAAUAUAGAUACGGUGGUGCAUGCAAGUGGCAAGCUACUGGUUCUCGACAAAAUGCUUAACGAGAUCAAGAAGAAGAGUUUAAGGGUCAUUCUUCUUUUCCAGUCUGAUAGAGCAGGUGGAAACAAAAUGGGAAAUAUUUUGGAAGAUCUUAUGCAUCACAGAUUUGGCCCAGAAUCAUAUGAACGUGUUGAAUAUCGUGCAGUAUUGUCAAGGAAACAGGCAGCAAUUGAUAAGUUCAACAACAAGACUAAUGGUAGAUUUGUCUUUCUGAUUGAAAAUCGUGCGUGCCUCCCAAGCAUUAAGCUUUCAUCUAUUGAUGCCAUCAUCAUAUAUGGUUCUGACAACAACCCACUAAACGACUUGAAGGCUCUUCAAAAGAUCAAGAUAGAGUCACAAUUUGAGCGUGUGAGCAUUUUUCGCUUGUACACUCCUUUUACAGUUGAGGAGAAGAGUCUUGUUCUUGCGAGGCAGGGCAUUGUUAUUGAUAACAACAUACAAGAUCUAAGGACUAGUUUAAAACAUUCCUUACUCAGAUGGGGUGCUGCAUUUCUCUUCAGUAGACUUGAUGAGGUCCAGCAAGAUGACCAUGCAAGUAAAAGUUCUGAAAUGGAGAGACACUUUAUUGAUGAAGUAAUCGUUGAGUUCUUAACAAAGUUAUCCACAACUGUUGAAGACAGCACUGAAGUACACAGGAAGUCCAUAAGCAAAGCUAAUAUGAGUGGGGAACUAUAUUCAAGAAAUAUUACUCUGAUGGGUGAAAAGGAGGGAAUCUCUGUGCUUGAGGAUAAUCCAGCUGAGUUCUGGUUAAAUUUAUUGGAUGGAAGAUCCCCUCAUGUGAGCUGUAUAUCUGAGCCACUGCAAUCAAGAGUUACAAAGUCCCAGACCAUGGAUGAGGUCAAUGCUCCGGCUGAAGAAAUCAAUGAAGCCAGAAAGAAGCAUAGAAAGGUUGGUGAGAUUAUGGGUUCAUCUUCAAAAGUUGUAUCUGACAAAAGUAACGAUGAUGCAUUGCCUGAUAUUUGUACUACAUCUGGCCCUGCUCUUCAACCAGUUGAUGUCACGCAGCAAAAAUCAGGGUCGGAAAGCCUGAUGAGUACACCCAAGAAUCUUCAUGCCCAAAUGAAGCAAGAGUUGUCGAAAUUAAUUAAGGUGUUACAACUACCGGACAAUGUUACGUUGCUGGUUGAGCAGUUCUUUGAAUAUCUUUUGAAUAAUCAUGUAGUUGUUCAGGAGCCAAAGUACAUAUUUCAUGCGUUGAACAUAGCUUUGUGUUGGCGAGUUGCCUCUAUUCAUAACUUUAAGGUGGAUCAUAAAGAGUCACUUGCCCUUGCUGAAAAAAGGUUAAAAUACGAGUGCAAUGAGGAGCUGGCAAGGUUGGUCUAUGACAGCCUAAAGAGAAAAUUUCCAAAGAAAGCAGGUGCAACUGGCAGCAAUUGUCAAUCAACAUCAGUAGAAAAGACCAAACCUUCACAGCAGGAGACCUCUAAUAUCUUGAGAAAUGACCACAUUUUCCCUAAGCAGAGAAUGGAUCUUCAUGAUAAUUUCAUGAAUGGUGCACUUCAAGAAGGCUCAUUUGUUGCUGCACAAAUGGUUUCAGAAGAGCAGGAACUGAUAGCUGUUCCAGGAACUCACAUGGAAUGCCAUUUUUCAACUGAUGAACUUCCUGACAUUGUGGAGAAAAGAAUCAACUUAAUUGACAAUGUUUUCUCUGUAAGAGAAUACCGUAUCUUUGAUAAACAACAGUCUCAGAUUUCAGAGUUAGAGAAAUACACACAAAAUAAAACUGCCAGACUGAAAACAGUGUGCAAUUUAGUUCUGGAACAUAUUUGUAGAAGUCAUGCUGAUGUAGAGACCCGAAAUGACACAAUAAAACAAACUGUUCAGUGGUUCACUAUGCUGAUGUAUGCAUUUCUGGAGCACAUGAGACUCCAGCACAGCAAACUUGAGUCACUGCAAUCUAAUACAUGGGCUGAAGAGCGACAGCUGAAGGAAAAACUUUGUUUGGAAGCAAAAUCAGGCCAAUUAGAUCACACCUUUGAUCAGCAGAUUGCUCUACCAGAUUCAAACUUUGUUAUGCAAGAAUUCAUCCAUUUGAAGGAACAAAGUAGCAAUUCCCAUGUCAGUGGAAGCGCUGUUUCAGAUUGUCAGCAGCUUUGUCAUGAUAGAUUGAAAAUGGUAAAUACACUGGUAAGGAAUGUAGUUCCAUCAGAACCCAUUUCUGCACAGACAGUGAGAAAUGGUUCUGUUGAAGUGGUCAUGGUCGCUGGCCAACCAGCACCAGAAGUAGUUGAUUUUCCAGAAAACAACACCUGCUAUAGUCCUGAUGGCAUUGGCUUACAAAAAGCUAAAUCACCGAGUAUUAGGCCUUCAAAUGAUGAUUCAAUUAAUCAGGAAUCUUCGGCCAGUGAAUAUACAAGUACUGAGAAUGUUGAGAGGGACAAUGCCAAUCCUAGUACAUUGCCGGGAGUUGCAACUUCUCCUGCCAUUGGAAUUUAUGCCAACUUGGAGUCAACAAUGGUUGCUUCUACACAAAACCUCACGAUUUUCCCAGCUUCUAAGGAAGUGGCUACUCAAUCUAAUUUAUCAACCUUGCCUGGCUCACAGACUGUUGAGACUUCACAGCAGCCACCUGCAGAAGCAAAACUGACUGAAAAUUUGGGAGUAACAGCUUGGGAUGUGCAACCUGAAAUGCAAACAACGACCUCAACAUUGGAUUCUCCAUCUGCAAGGAUGUGCCCAGAUAAUAAUAAUCAAACAGUUCAUCAACCAGAUACAUCAACUAGCCCAUUGCAGGAAGGUUCUACUUCCUGUCAUUUAACCUCAGUUGAUGCUACUGCUGGAGUUACAGCAAAAGUUGAUGACACUGCUGCUGCAGAUCCACUUGACUCAGAGACACAAUCUUAUACUGCUGCACACAAACCAGCUGCCUUGCUGGUGUCUACGGAAGUUGAAACCCAGACUGAUCAAUCAAGUAUGCUUGAACGGCAGAGUAUAAGUGUACCACUCGUACAAAGUUCACUAUCUUCACAAAAUCCACCUGCAGAAGCAGAACCAGCAAGUACCCUGAGCAGGGAGACAGCCCGAGAUGUGCAGCCUGAAAGGCAACAAUCAGCCUCAGUGCUGGAGACUUCACUCCAAAGGAUGCACCCUGAUGACGACAGUCAAACAAAACAUCAGCUGGAAACAGUUCUGUCACAGAGAGGUGAAACCUGUGGCCAUUUAGGAGAUGCUCGAGAGAUAGUUGAUGCUAAUGAUAGUAACACUGUUUGUGAUGUUCGAGCCCAUUUGGAAUCUCCAAUCUUUGCUACUCCACAAAGCCUGGUUAUAUGUCAAGGUUUGAGUGAGGUUGGAAGUCAGGGAAAUAUAUCAAAUAUGUCUUCCCAACAGAGCACAGAUCUGUCUGCCCAACAAAAUCUAGCACCUUCACCACUUCCACCUGCAGAAGCAGAACGAACAGGUUUGCUUACCACACAGCCAGCUCAGAAUUUCCAACCUGAAUUGCAACCAUCAACCUCAUUGUUUGAUGCUUCACUUGAAAGUAACAACAUAAGUCAAACAGAUUGUCAAUCAGAUCGAGCAGUUGUUUUCUUGCAGGAAGGUGCAACAACUCAACAACAUUUACUUGAUACCGGAGUUGUAGUUGAUGACAUUGUUGCCGAAGAGCCUUCACACUCAGAAUCUCCAACUUACAUCAUUCACGAAACAGCUGCCUUGGUAGUUUCGACAGAAGUUGAAACUCAGACUUGUCAAUCAAAUAUACCUAUACAACAAAAUACAAGCCACCCUGCCCAACAAAGUCCAGAAACUUCACGACAUUCAAUUGCAAGUCCUGUAGGUUUAGAGGCAACUCAGGAAUUUCAGCCUGAAAUGCAGCCAUCAACCUCAGGUCAGGAUCAAUCUGAAGAGCUGGAACAAGAAGGUAUGUCGAGCUCAGCAAUUCAGGAUUUACAGCCAGAAAUGCAACCUCCAAACUCAGUGCAGGGUCAGUAUCCAGGAGCAGUAUUGUGCAUUGCUGCAGCUGAAGAUUUGCAGCCUUUAAUGCAAUCAUCAACCCCAGUGCCAAAUCAACUUGCAGAGGCAAAUCAAGAAGGUAUGUUGAGUGCUGCAGCAGCUCAGAAUUUGCAAUGUGAGACACAGAGAUUAACCUCAACACAGGAUGCUCCAUUUGAAAGGACUGAUCUGUCUGGUAUUCCUGUGCCACGAAGUAUUACUACUGCCCAUCAAAGUGUAGUGCCUUCAUGGGAUCUGCAGACAGGAGUAGAACCAACGGGUGCUUUGUGCAUGGAAACAACACAUGAAAGGCAGUCUGAACUACCAUCAGGUUCAAUGCAAGAGCGAUCUGCAGAAACAAGAGCAAACUUAGUGCAGCGAUCUUGCACGACAGAAACUUGUGAUUUGCAGCCCCAACUGGAUCUAUCAUCCACAAUACAGACUGUCCAACUUGAAGGAAUACGCUCUGAAGACAUGAAUCAGAUAGGUGUUCAGUCCAACUCUGCACUAAGUUCUGAACAGCCCACCCAGCCUCUUCCAGUGGCACCAUUAGUGUUUAAUUAUCAAAGAUUUAGUGACGAACCUCUCAAAAAUGAGCUGGAAAGAUUAAAACAUACCAGCAAUGUUCUUAGUAAAGUUCAUGAACAAAAGAGAAAACAACUCCUAGUGGAGUAUAACCAAGAAAUGGAGAAGCUAAAACAGAAAUAUGACUCAUUACUUCAAAAGGAAGAUUCUUUUUACGCUCAGAAGGAGGCAGAACUUGAUACUAUCUACAGGAAAGUCUUUAUAAACCAAUCACUGGCUGAGAAUUUUCGAAGGAAAUUCCUACCAUUAUCUGCAGCUCAAGGGGGAUCCACGAGACCCACAAUUGGGCAGCUGGUUCAGUCUUCUCAGGAACCAUCUGCAAGGAUUGUAGCAGAGCAAGUCACAGCAUCACCAGUUACCUUGUCAUCAGCAGUUCGACCACAGGUGCUUCAUUCAUCAGGACCAUAUGUGCAACCUUCACUGGUGGUUCAACCAUCAUCACAGGCUACCCAACCGCAGUCAAUCUUACCUGGCAAUAUGUAUAGAGCAAUGUCAUCAUCACCUUUUAGUAGUACACCAAUGCCUAUGCCACAUGGCACCUACAGAGCUGCUGGGGCACAACCGCAUGCUCCCUCUCCUCAUCUCCAGCAGCUUAGGAUGCCGUCACCUUAUGCCACGAGUCAUGGAAAUCAGCACCAACGACCAUCUAUCCUAGCAUCCCUACUGCCAUUUGUGCUCCCAUCUAGUUCAAAUCCUAGCCUCACGGCACCCCUGUCAUUGAACACGGUUGUUCACAGGACCUCAGGUCCACUGAAUGCAGGUGCUGGAAGCCAGCACGCUGGAUCUCAAAUUUCAGGUGUCAAUCCCUCAGGUUCUUCUGCAUCAGCAUCACUGAAUACAUGGCUAACAGCUAGGCUUGCGCUGACUAGUGAGGCCAGAGGGACGGUCUCCAGCACAGAGGUUGUGUGCCUUUCUGACGAUGAAUCGUAGUGAGGAAGGUUCAGUCAAAUUGUAGGUUACUAGUGCAAUAGUUAACUGAUUUGAGUUAUAGUCGAUCUAACCCCUUUAGUAUUCUGAUAGCAAGAGACGGACAUCAAUAGAAGUACAGUGGGUCGGGGUUUCUUUUUUGGGGGAUGACGGGUGCUAACAUCAAUUUGAAUAUCCAUCUUGUAUAAUCAGUCUACCUUUCCUGCAAAUAUCAAACCUUGUUGAUACGGGUCUGGAAAUGUUGAGGUUACCCCUUUUCCUGCUGAAGAUAAUAUGAUGGGCUGCUGAUAUUUUUUUUGUUCUGACAUGUGGGUAUUGUCUCUGCUAUCUCAUUGACAGUAAGGGGCUUUACUGUCAAUGAGUUGACCUGUUGUAGCAUUGGAUCCAGUCUGUCAACCCUGUUGUUACAGAAAUGUGAGUGUUUUUUUAGUUGGAAAUGUGGGUGCAUUUUGUAUAUUGCUUAAUCUUAGUGGCACAUGCUGGUGCAUGUUACGACGUUUAUUUUGAUUUUUGAAGACUUGUGGAUGUUGGAACUUGGAAA